AUGAUAGCAAACCUGCUGCGGGCGCGAGUCCUCCGACACAUGCCAGCGAGUCAGCGAGCCCUGAGGAAAGGCGAGUGGAAUGCAACGCAUGCCCACAUUAUCGAUGCUGCAGUGUUCCUGGACCAGCGAUACCACGGCAUGGAAGGGAAACCUCUUCAUGUCGCAUGGAUCGACUACUCCAAGGCGUAUGAUUCGAUUCCUCAUGAUCUGUUGGAAUGGACCUUAUUGGCGAUUAGAGUACACCCGCGUGUAGUCAGUAGCUAUAUGGGAAUGUUGAAAGCGCUGCAUGUGACGUUUGAGACUAGGGUUGGAGCAGUGACAGGAGCGAGCACAGAACUGGACGUGAGGAGAGGGGUCCCGCAAGGAGAUACUCUCUCACCGCUCCUUUUCUGCCUGGCGAUUGCACCCAUCUCGAAGCUCAUCGAAGCAUGUUUAACGCCGUAUAUGUUCUCAAGAACGGCUGGUGUCGGGGAAAUAAGACUGACGCACCAAUUUUACAUGGAUGAUCUCAAACUGUACAGCGAGUCAGUUCAGAGUCUCCACGAUACAAUUGGUGAGAUGGUCCUAUUGUGCCAAGCAAUGGGACUAGAAGUAAACACGCGCAAAUGUGCCCUAGCCAGCUUUGGUCCAGGACAACCAGGUCUACGUACGGACAUGCCACUGCUUACAGGAAACGAGGUAUACAAAUACCUUGGGCUAGAGCAGCAAAAUGGCGUUGCGCUACGUCAGGUAUUCGAAAGAGUAACUGAACUGGUGCUGGAACGUACGAGGAACAUUUUCUCAAGUGCAGCUAGUCAUGGUAAGAAGGUUGCGUCCUUCAACGCAGCGGUGGCCCCAAUCGUGAGGUAUGUCUGCGGGAACUUGUUCCUGUACGACAAGCACGCACGGGCGGGAACCCCCCUUGCGCGGGCAAAAGAGUUGGAUGUCAAAAUCCGCGCUCUCUUGAGCAACCUUCAAGUCCGGUUCAGUAAACACCCGGUCCACCACCUGUAUUUGUCGUCAAGACAUGGCGGGUGGGGAUUAUCGUCUUUUGAGGAGAUAGCCAGCGAGGCUAUCGUAUAUGCAUAUUGCUACCUCAUGGGGACAGCAGGGUUAACGGACCUAUGGAUGACCAUGUGCUCGCAGGCCAGAAGAGGAAAACGCUCACUCGUCACAGACUUUUACUGGGUUAUGGGUAAACCGGACUGCGAGGGACUGGAGGUCUACAGGAUCGACGGCCCACAAGGAAUGGAGCUCAUGCUUGGUAGCAAUCGCUACAUGACCCCACGGUCACUAGCGAGAGCAGUUUGUACAGAGAUGAGAGAGAGAAUCAACGCAAGGCGCAACAGGCUCCUGACCAACCUCGAAGGCUACAUAGCAAGAAAUGUGGAACUUGACAAAGAGAUGUCGUACCUUUGGAUCCGCCGCGGGGCCCUAAACUCCACUACAGUAAGCAACAUCUCAUCGCUUCUGUUCACUGGUAUCCAUACCAAUGCGCAUCCCGCGAGGCGACUGCCAAGGUCGCAACGUGGGUGCCGCUACUGUGGACAACUCGAAACGAAUGAGCAUGUCGCCAUGAUCUGUGGUGAGUACAAGGCAACGGUGAUGAAGGAGAGACACGAUGCCGUCGCUAGGAAGAUAUACGACGCCUUGUGCCUAGUAUAUCAACUACGGCGGUAUCACUACGAUGAACCAAUUCCGGUAGAGCAACGGUCCGCGGAAAUCGAGCUCUACUGGGACAAAGUGUGGCUCACUCCGAGUGAAAUCACAUGCAACAGACCAGAUAUCGUCCUCGUGGAUCACUCCGCAGGGAAAGUUCUUAUGGUCGAGGUAGCAGUAUGCUGGCCAACCCGCAUCCGACAGAUGGAGGAGUUCAAGGUACGCAAGUACGAACAAGUCUACCAAAUCAGUCAAGCACUGGAAGGUGGAGGAGAGCAGGAGGCUAGCCUCUGCUCGAUCCUAUCAGCUCAAUUCCAGUGUGCGGCUAAGGUAGUACCCUUCGUCAUAGGAUGCUGCGGUGAAGUCAGCAAAGAUGCAUCAGCCUACCUCAGAGAGCUUGGUCUAACAGACAAACAAGUCCUCACAUGCAUGGAGCUAGCUGGAAGGAGUGCAGUCCUCGGUACAGACCGAGUCAUCAGAAACCACCUUGCACGAGUGUAA